AAAAGCAGUGGCCUGAAAUCACCUGGUGACUGCUUUGGGAAACUGUGAUGUGGAGAGAGUUAAGGCGUGGAGAUGGAAACACGUGCUGCUGCAGAGGAACACCAUAGGCCCAGUGCUGUCCUGCAGAGAUGGCUGGGGAGCAGCUGGACCCAUCACAUCUGCCUGGGGUUUGGGCCACCAUCAGCAACAUGAGGCAUCAGAUGGACUUGCUGGCCACAGUCACAGUUUCGGGAGUCCUGGAGGAAGCCUAUUUUGCACUGCAGGUGAUCCAUGCCCGGUGGCAGUACAGGAUCUCCCCUCCCAGGACAACAGGUCACCCUGAAUUUGAGCAGAUCUUCAAAGCUCGGGUGAAUUGCUCAGAGUACUUCCCAAUCUUCAUCUUGCUCCUCUGGGUUGCUGCAGUCUUCUUCCAUCAAGCUGUGGCUGUGGUGUGUGGGCUGCUCUACCUCUACACCUGCUUCAGGUACUUCCUGGGAUACGCUGCGGCUGCACAGGGACAAUUGGGCCCAUUGUAUGCCAGUGCCUGGGUGCUGUGGAUGCUGCUGGGGCUGGUGGUGGCCGGGCUCCUGGCACACUUCCUGCUUCCCUGCUGCUCCCCAUGGAUGGCAGUGCUGGUGCAGCCCCUCCAGCACCUCAGUGCCUGGUGAGAGAGGUCCUGGCUCUCCCAAACCCUCCUCAGUUCUUACCUUUGAAGGAGGUGGAUGCUGGCACUGCUCUGCUUGUGGAGCUCCACUCUUCAGAGAGAAUCACCCUUCUAGAAAGCAAAGGAUGUCCAGCUUCUGCUCCUGCUGAUGAGCUUCACUGCCGGGUUUUGUAGCACUGUGCUAACCUCUAACACCUUUGGCUCUGCCCCACAGAGCACGGAUUAACCUGUAACUUCACUCCCUGUUGUCACUCCUCCUUACUGCUGUACUGAUGGAUGCUGAAGGAUCACACCACGGUUAUACAGAAAAAUAAAUCCCUUUUCUAAGUAGAAAUCACCUGUGCUUUCCAAAGGUGGCUGAGGACUGAGCAGUGCUUUGCAGUAUCAGCUAUUGAUGAGUGCUGAGCAACAGCUUUAUUUAGGGUUUAGGGGCAACAUCUGGUCCCUGGUCCCCAGGGAUACCUACCAGUCCCCUGGAGGACAGAGCCAGAGCAGGUGCCUCCCUGCCACAAGUGACUGUCACCGCAGCACCAAAGCUUUAAACUUAGCUUUUAUUACAGUGCACAUUAUUUUAUAUAUUUAUAUAGAGAUGUACUUGAAAAAUCAAAUGUAUCCAAUAAUAAAAAAUACAGCACAUGAAAGUAGUAUAAUGCAUUCCAGUGUAUAGCUGAAGAGACAGAGGGAUUUACACCAAUCCCUACUAGUUCUGAACUGGGCUACUUCUGCUUUA